CCCACUGAACACACACACACACACACACACCAGGUGGAGCAGGUGUGACCGGUGUGCUGUUCAGCCACUCUGCUGAGGUACAGGACAGUCUUUUCCUGUUGGCGUGUGCUGAGUCACUCCUUCACCUGAGUUUUACUGACUGCUUGUCCUUGGGCCUCCACUGAACCUCCAGAUUUCUCCAUCCACAGCUGCACCAUGAGUGUAUGAUGUCUGAGAGCAGUUGCUAUGGCCUGCAGCAGCGGUCAGAACAAUGCAGAGACUCUGGAGGGGUUCCACGAGGUGAAUCUGGCCUCGCCCACCACACCUGACCUUCAGAACCAAUCGGAUCAGCGCCCGUCCGUCCGUCACACCACCCCGCCCACUUCUCUAUAUCGCACCCACUCUCUGGGAGCGCCUCCUCCAGGCCUCCCCACCUCACUGCGAGCAGAUCAGCUGCCCACUCAGCCGGUGUACUCGGCACCGCGGCACAGCCACAAUGGAAGCGUGCCGGGCCUGGAGGCAGAGUCGGCCGAGUUCAUGUCCGGAGAGGAUGGGGAGGAGUGUGGUGCUCUGAGUGACAGCCUGUCACGGCUGCGCAGCCCGUCGGUGAUGGAGGUCCGAGAGAAAGGAUAUGAGAGGCUGAAGGAGGAGCUCGCCAAGGCUCAGAGGGAGCUGCUGUUGAAGGAUGAGGAGUGUGAGAGGUUGUCUAAAGUCAGAGAUCAGCUCGGCCAGGAGCUGGAGGAGCUCACCGCCAGUCUCUUCCAGGAGGCUCACAAAAUGGUGAGAGAAGCAAACGUCAAACAGGCAAAUGCUGAAAAACAGCUGAAAGAAGCUCUGGGCAAGAUCGACGUCCUCCAGGCGGAGGUUCAGGCUCUGAAGACUCUUGUGCUCUCCUCCCCGACCUCCCCGGUGGGUGAGCUUCCCUCUGUGGGAGCGGGAGGAGGCGUGAAGACUCCCUUCAGGAAGGGCCACAGCAGGAACAAGAGCACCUCCUCCGCCAUGCUGGGGACGCAGCCCGACCCGUCGGCCACGCAGCCCAUUGUACGCGAGUGUCGGGAGGUGGACGGUCAGCUGUUCAGUGAGUUCAAGGCAUGGAAGGAGGAGCCGACGCUCGACCGAAGCUGCAACUUUCUGGAGAGAAUUUACCGUGAGGACAUCUACCCCUGCUUGACCUUCAACAAGAGCGAGCUGGGUUCGGCCAUCUUGGAGGCCGUGGAGCAGAACACUCUGAGUGUGGAGCCGGUCGGCUUCCAGCCGCUGCCUGUGGUCAAAGCAUCGGCGGUGGAGUGCGGAGGACCAAAUGGGCGCAGGUCUGAGCUCGUCACAAAAUGUGCCCUGAGUGGUCAGACCAAAACCUGCAAGCACAGAAUCAAGUUUGGAGAUUUGUCCAGCUAUUACUACGUGUCUCCCUACUGUAGAUACAGAAUCACAGCGGUGUGCAACUUCUUCACCUAUAUCCGCUACAUCCACCAAGGGCUGGUCAAACAGCAGGACGCAGAACAGAUGUUCUGGGAGGUGAUGCAGCUCCGCAGGGAAAUGUCCCUCGCCAAGCUUGGCUACUACAAAGACCAGCUGUGACCGGGGCCGUCCUCCAAUCACAGCAGAGUCUGAGCUGAAGCCCCGCCCCUCCCUGGCUCUUGCCCCUCCCUGGCUCUUGCCCCUCCCCGGCUCUUGCCCCUCCCCCUUCUUUUGUGUGAGUGUUUUUUGUGUGAGAGAGAAAAACUGUUUUCAAUCAUCACAAAAAAAGACUGAAGACUGUGAUUUUGGUGCCGGUUGUCAUUACUGAUCUGGACUUCUUUGGGUUCUGAAACAUGCAACACUCCAGUGUGUCAGAAAACUGACAUGUUUCUAAAAAAUAACACUACAGACUGUUUGGUCAUCAGUUACAUGUGAUCUCUGGAGAGAUGCAUGUGGGUUUUGAAGCCUCAAAGCGAGAAAAAUAUCAAAAAUAGGUGUUAGAAAUAUGAGAAAAUAUCUGAUAAAAGUCAUAUUUCAAGGGUGAAGUUGAACCGUAGAAUAAAGUCAUUGUUUUAAGAGGAAGAACGUCGUAAACAGAAUCACAGAAACUGAGGAAAAAUAACCCCUUUUGUUUUCUGCUGUGGAGACGUCUGUGGCACCUAAAGUGGACGUUCGAGGAACUGCAGGUCGUGCUGCGCUUCCAGGUUCGCUUCAUUUUCCUGCUAGUUAACGGGACACAUCUUCCUUUUUAUUUAGGAUGAUUUUUCAAAAUAAACCGCCAUUCAUAACAGAAACCGUCAUUAUGGAUUUAUGUGUGGUGGCUUUCAAAGCAGACUUCACUUUCACCUUAAAUACUACAUGAAAAUAUUAUUUCAGCAGUAAAGCUUUAGUAAAACUGCAGCUGUUUAAAAAAUAAACAAUUUAGAAUAUUUGGGUAUAUAUAUUUAUGAUAAAACUCAUCGCAGGGAACAAGUGACAGCUGAUGUGACAACGUCUCAGCUGAAGAAUUCAGAAUUACAAUUCUUCAUUUUUACAACCUAAAUUUUGAAUUUUUUUUCUGUAAAUGUUGAAUUUAAAAUAAAUUCAUGACUUAUUCUUAAUUACAAUCCUUUAAAUUAUGUAUUUACGUUCCUGCAAUUUCAGCUUUACUUAGUCAAAUUAAAAUGAACAAUUUUUUCAACCUCCAAAUUUUGACAAUGUAAUAAUUAAUGUUAAAUUAACAUGAAUUUGAGUAUUUUUACUUAUUCUUGUCAAUCUUUCAUUAUUCAUAUAUCAAAAAAUACUGAGUUUUUUUCCUCAUGUGAAACACUAAGUUGACUCACUUUGAUUUUUCUCCAUUGAAAUUGUGCUCUCAGAAUGUUUUACUUUUCUCAUUAUUUCAUUUUAUUUUCAAACAACUUAAAACUGUUUUCCAGACUUUACAUCAAAUUAUUGAGCUCUUUAAUCAUCAAAAUUUGGGGCUUCUUGGGGUUUUUGGGGUCUGAAAAGUCUGAGAAAUGUCAAAUUUUGAGUUAAAGUAAUUACAGCUUUGCUACAAUACACUUUCCUCCACUGUUGGCGAGUCUGUCAUAUAUUUUCAGAGGGGAAAAAAGGUCAAGUUGUUAUUGUUUAGUAAACUUUGAAUAAGCUUGUAUUUUGAGUUAAUUUAGAGGUCUCGAUGAUGGCAGAGUGGGAUACAGUGUUUUUGUUUUUUACUUACAGAAAAAAGCUGCAGAAAUAAUUGAACAUGUAUCGGCAGGAGGAAGGACUUGAUGUCGGCUCUUUGAGUUUCUGAGGGUUUUUGUUUUGUUGCUGGACAUUAACAUAUCCUGCUGUGAAACAGGGCGCUCUGCAGCGAGCUCCGUGUGACCAAUCAGGACUCGUGUAGAUAAUAAGCUGUGUGUGUGUGUGUGUGUGUGUGCGUGCGUGCAUGCGCACCUGCUGUUCUGUAAACUUUAUAUAUAUUAAUUUAAUCCUGACGUCUCUCUCUCUCUCUCUCGCCUGUUCAUAGUCAAUGUCACUCUCCCGGUUUGGUUUAGUGCCUUCUCUCUCAGACACUGAAAUAAAAACAGUAAUACCUCUGAAAAUGA